AUGUGGUUCUUCGCCCGGGACCCGAUCCGCGACUUCCCCUUCGAGAGCGUCGCCCCCCAAGAGCCGCCGCUGCAGCCGGGCGGGUCCUGGCAGCUGCACCGCGGGAGGAGGAAGGCCACAGGCGAUCCGGUCUCCCUCUUUGUGUGCGACGUGAAGCCCAACUCGGAAGAACACACACAACUCGCCAAGGCCGCCUUCAAACACCUGAAAACUCUGCGGCACCCCAACAUCCUGUCCUACAUUGACGGGUUAGAGACAGAGAAAUGUUUGCAUGUGGUGACAGAGCCGGUGGUUCCUCUGCGGGCCUAUUUGGAGUCGCAAGGCGAAGCGAAGGGAUUGAGCGAGCUGGAAAUCUCAUGGGGUCUCCAUCAGAUAGUGAAAGCCCUCAGCUUCCUGGUGAACGACUGCCACCUCAUCCACAACAAUGUGUGCGCGGCAGCCGUGUUCGUGGACCGGGCUGGCGAGUGGAAACUGGGUGGUCUGGACUACAUGUGCUCUGCGGCAGGGGACAGCGCCGUACCUCGGAAGGGGGUCCCCGAACUGGAGAAAUAUGACCCUCCCGAGCUCGCAGAAAACAGCAAGGCCGUCGGUGAGAAAUGGGCUGCUGACAUGUGGCGUCUUGGCUGCCUCAUCUGGGAGGUAUUCAAUGGCCCCCUGUCCCGCUCGUCCUCCCUCCGGUCUCUUGGCAAGAUCCCCAAGGCCUUGGUGCCCCAUUAUUGCGAGCUGGUUGGCGCCAACCCAAAGCUGCGGCCCAAUCCUGCCAAGUUCCUGCAGAACUGCUGCGGGCCGGGCGGCUUCAUGGACAAUCGCUUUGUGGAGACCAACCUCUUCCUGGAGGAGAUCCAAAUUAAGGAGCCUGCCGAAAGGCAGAAAUUCUUCCAGGAGCUCAGCACCCACCUGGACACCUUUCCAGAGGAUUUCUGCCAUCACAAGGUCCUCCCACAGCUCCUGACGGCAUUUGAGUUUGGCAACGCCGGCGCCGUCAUCCUCACCCCGCUCUUCAAGGUGGGGAAGUUCCUGAACGCCCAGGAAUACCAACAAAAAAUCAUUCCAGUUAUUGUGAAGAUGUUCUCCUCCCCAGACCGGGCCAUGAGGAUCCGAUUGCUGCAGCAGAUGGAACAGUUUAUUCAGUACCUGAAUGAGCCCACGGUCAACACCCAGAUCUUUCCCCACGUUGUUCAUGGUUUCCUGGACACCAACCCGGCCAUCCGUGAGCAGACAGUGAAGUCCAUGUUGCUUCUGGCGCCCAAGCUGAAUGAGAGCAACCUCAACGUGGAGCUCAUGAAGCACUUUGCCCGCCUCCAAGCCCGGGACGACCAGGGGCCCAUCCGUUGCAAUACCACCGUGUGCCUCGGCAAGAUCGGGCCCUACCUGAACGCCAGUACGAGGAAGAACGUCCUGAUAUCUGCCUUCACCCGGGCCACAAAGGAUCCCUUUGCCCCGUCACGAGCUGCUGGCGUCCUGGGCUUUUCAGCCACUCACAACUUCUUCUCCAUGCACGACUGUGCCUUCAAAAUUCUGCCCGUGCUCUGCACAUUAACUAUGGAUCCUGAGAAGACCGUCCGGGACCAGGCAUUCAAGGCCAUCCGGAGCUUCCUGACAAAACUGGAAACCGUUUCCGAAGACCCGGCUCAGCUCGCUGAACUUGAGAAGGACAUCCAUGCCGCCUCCGCCAGCCCUGGGGCAGGGGCAGCCGCCAGCUGGGCAGGGUGGGCUGUGACAGGGGUCUCGUCCCUGACGUCAAAGCUGAUCCGGACGAACGCGGGGGCGGCCCAAGUAGCAGAGAACGCACCUGAGGGGACGCCAGUGAGUACGACGUUGGAGACCUCCAAAGCAGGGACUGGGCAGCCCCCUGCCCCACAGGUGGCAGCGCCCCCAUCAUCCAACCACUGGGACCUGGAGGAGGACGUGACCGAGGACAGCUUGGCUGACCGGUGGGACGAUGAGGACUGGGGCAGUUUGGAGCAAGAACCCGAGCAGCCGAAGAGGCACAGCGGCUCAGAGGACUGGAACAGCCCAGGAUGGCAGGAACAGGCCACGGCAGCCAAGAAAAGCGGAGGCGGGAUGGCGACCGGCUCGAAGCAGGAAUCUGAUUGGAACACCUCCGACUGGGAGCUGGAGUCUACCUGGAGCCACCGGAAGGGGCAGGGCUCUGUGGCAGAGGAGGGCUGGGGUAGCGGUUGUGAUGGGGACCUCACCUCUGGGCUGGCCCCCAAAGCUGCCACAACCCCCCAGGAAGGUACCAAGCUGGCUAGCGAGUACAACUGGGAGUGCGUGGCAACUGCACAGAAGCCUGACCCCUUUUCUUCUCUAGCAGUGAAGCCAGCAGCGGACAGCCAGAGAAAUACUGAGGCGCUCGGAGACUGGGGCUCAGAGGAGAACUGGGAAGCACUAGAGUCGGACCAUGGGCCCAGCAAGGCUGAGCUGGCACGAAAGAAACGGGAGGAGAGGAGGCAGGAGAUGGAAGCCAGGCGAGCCGAGAGGAAGGCGGCCAAGGGACCCAUGAAGCUGGGGGCGAGGAAGCUGGACUGAUGGACGUUCUUGUUUGGGUGGGAGGAGCGCCC